ACCUCCAAAGUGGUUCUGGGAGUGUCUGUGGUUCUGACUCUGAGUACUGUGGCUGGGGUCCACCUCAAGCAGUCCUGGGAACGAGAGGUAAGUGCGUCCGAACCGAACCGAGCUCAGCCGGUCCAGUACGGACUUAGCUCAAAUUGGUUAGCUUUCGGAUGCUAAGGUCAAAUCUUGMAGUUAUUCUUUGACUUUAUUUGAGUUCUUUAAGGUUUUAAAACAAACUUACAAAGAGAAACAAACCGUGAGAGACUUGUUGAUUUAUUCUUUAUUUUCUAUUAGUUUUUACAUUUCAGGACAUAAAAUAAAAUAAAUGUUUUAUUUCAAUGGUUUUUAGACAAAUCUGACGUUUAAUCAAAUCAGAUUAAUUUGUUAAACAAAAAUAAUUUAUUUUAAAUUGAAAUUAAUUUAGUUUAAUCAUCAACCAGGAGUUCUGACAGGUUCUGCUUGGUUCUGUUCAGGUAUGAUGGUGGGUUUCAGAACAUGUUAGCUCCAAACUCUCAGAGGAUCUAGACCGGUCCAGACCGGUCCAGGUGUUCUGGAUGAUCUGGACCGGUCCAGGUGUUCUGGGUGCUUCAGACCUCACUGAUGCUCUGACAUCUCUGCAGCGUCUCCGUCAGGGCGUGGUUCGGGACCUGGAGCGGUUGGAGAGGAAGAAGCAGAACCUGAGGCUGCUGCAGGAACAYAGGGUUCUGACCCGACACCUGGAGGAACAGAGGCGGCGCAGAGAGGCUGAGCCCCACCCACAAGACAACUGAGGCAGGUGAGCGGUGCACCUGAGGACCAGCCAUGGACAGCAGCGGCGAGCAGCUGGCGGCGGCGGAGGACGAGGCGGCGUGCACGUCGGCCUCUGAGGGACUGGAGGAGGGCGAGGUGGAGGGGGAGACCCUGCUGAUGGUGGAGUCAGAGGACCAGGUCUCUGUGGACCUGUCCCACGAGCAGAGCGGAGACUCCCUGACCAGCGACGUGGGCGAGGACACGGACGGAGGCUGGGCCUGCGAGGACAUGUCCUUCUACUGCGAGCGCUGCCACAAGUGGAUCCCUGCAGCCCAGCUCCACGGGGACCAGCCCAGUUACCUGAAAGGAGACAACUUCUUUAAAUUCACCUGCUUCACCUGCUCUGAGGACGGGAAGGAGAGCUUCGACAGGAUGAGGCUCACCUGGCAGCAGGUGGUGAUGUUGGCCAUGUACAACCUGUCUCUAGAGGGAACAGGAAGYCAGGGCUACUUCAGGUGGAAGGAGGACAUCUGUGCUUUCAUUGGUCGACACUGGAACUUCCUGCUGGGGAACAGGAAGAAGACGUCGACGUGGUGGAGCACGGUCGCAGGCUGCUUGUCGGUGGGAAGCCCCACCUUCUUCCGCUCGGGAGCGCAGGAGUUCGGAGAACCCGGAUGGUGGAAGCUGGUCCAGAACAGACCCCCCACCUUGAGACCAGAGGGGGAUAAGUCCACCACGAAGACUAAAGCCUCCAAAGCAGUGAUGGAGCCGAUCAUCACGGUGGAGGGUCUGAGGAAGCGUGGAGCCAGGAACCCCGUGGAGAAUGCCAUGCAGCUGAAGGAGAAGCGUUGUCGCACGCAGGAGGCCAAAGACAUCCGGCGAGCUCAGAAGGAGGCCGUGGGAGCUUACGCUGACCGCAGCACCACCUCCACGCCCAUCAAACUGGGCGCAGGCCGAGGCGGGCGCCGCCCAGAUCUGGUCCUGGAGAAAGGUGAGGUCAUUGACUUCUCCUCCCUCAGCUCCUCAGACCGGACGCCGCUCACCAGCCCGUCGCCGUCGCCUUCGCCGGACUUCUCUGCUCCGGGAACGCCCGCCUCCCACUCGGCCACUCCCAGCCUGCUGUCGGAGGCCGACCUCAUUCCAGACGCCAUGCCGCCGCAGGCGUUGUUUCACGAUGACGAGGAGAUGGAGACGGAGGGGAUGAUCGACCCCGGCAUGGAGUACAUCCCUCCUUCCAGCUCCAGCCACGUUGGCCGUAAGAAGUUUUGCUCGGCGCCACCUCACAUCAAACAGGAAGCUGAGAGCGAGGAUGAAGAUGGCCGUGAGCUCCAAGACAACACUGGCAAGGGGGCUGGCCACAGUGAAGCCCCACCCAUUUCCUGUCGGGGAGCAGGUGGUGCUGGAGCGGCCGAGCGUCAAAGGACGAGUCAUCCUGAGAAAGCUGACGGCGCAGCUGACUCGUACCUCUGCUUCGCCCCCCUCAGCCUGUACGAGGAGAGGAUGCUGCUGCGGCGGCUGGACGCCUGCCCGUUAGCGUUAGCCGCUACACCGCAAGCUAAACGCCUCCACAGGAAGCUGCUGGUCCGCCAGGCUAAGAGACAGAGAGGGCUCCCGCUGCUGGACAUGGACCGAGCAGUCAGGGCUGCCCUCAGCCUGGUGGGAGGGAUCUAUGGUGCUCAGGAGGCGGGGCCACUCAUUGGGGGCGGGGUUAAAGGGAAGUACUGCACCAACAGCCAGGAGCAGAGAAUUCUGGAUCGAUUUCAGACCAACCUUUCCAUCAGAAGAGGCCUCCAGCAGAACUCUGUCUCCUUCUGGCACCGUCUGAUGGGAGCUGAGGGCAGCUUGGACCAGAGCAUCAAGAGUCCGUACACGUCCCGGAUCCUGAAGCCCUACAUCAGGAGGGAUUACGAGAGCCGCCCACUGAAGCUGCAGUUGUUGUCUGAGAUUAAAGCGUACCCCCACAGGACGGACCCAGACUGGGUUCCUGAGGCCGACGCCCCCAUCGAUUACUGCUACGUCCGUCCCAACCACAUCCCUUCUGUCAACGCCAUGUGCCACGACACCUUUUGGCCAGGUGUGGACCUGUCCGAGUGCCUGCAGUACCCGGACUUCAGCGUGGUGGUCCUGUAUAAGAAGGUGGUGGUGGGCUURGGCUUCAUGGUGCCCGAUGUGAAGUACAACGAGGCGUACAUCUCCUUCCUGCUGGUGCACCCCGAGUGGAGACGGGCUGGCAUCGGGACCUUCAUGAUCUACCAUCUGAUCCAGACGUGCAUGGGUAAAGACGUGACGCUCCACGUGUCGGCCAGUAACCCCGCCAUGCUGCUCUACCAGAAGUUUGGCUUCAAGGUUGAGGAGUACAUCCUGGACUUCUAUGAUAAAUAUUACCCUGCAGACAGCGUCGAGUGCCGCCACGCCUUCUUCCUGCGUCUGAGGCGCUGACACGCCCACCAAGCUGUGUCAUCCACAACCUGUUCCUGCGAAUCAAAGUUUGAGUUCUCCUCAGUGUUUUACAUGGUCCACCUAACAGCAGGUGUGUUCAGGUGUUCUUUAAAACAGGAAGUCCCAUCUGACACGCCCCCAUCCUGUCAAUAACAACCUGAAGUAUGCCUGCUACAUCACUUCCUGUCUGCUGGGGAUGAUCCUCCUCUGUUGAGUUAAACCAGAUCAGGUAAAUGUUCAAGUUUAGUUAAACCAGACCCCAGGUUUAGUUAAACCAAACCAGGUAAACAUUCAAGUUUAGUUAAACCUAACCAGGUAAAUGUUCAGGAUUAGUUAAACAGCACAUUUUUGUAAUCCAGGCUCAGUUCUCUGACAAGUGUUUUUAUUUUAAUUCUUUUUUUCUCAUGUUUUGUGAACUUUUUUUAUUUUUAAAGGGCCAAUAUUAUGUGUUUCUCAGGCAUAUAUUUAAAUACUAUACUAUAAUAAAGUAACUAUGUCACCUU